AUGUGGGGUUAUGUAUCAGAUGUGCUCUACUGGCUGCCGUCAGCGUUGCUGGCGAUUCCAACUUUGUUGUUGAUUUUUAUAGCGGUGGGGUUGAGCUAUGGAUUCUUCCGGCAGAGUUUGUCCUCGUGGUCGUGGCGCCACAUUUUUUCCCUCACUCGUAUGUCAUUUCGCGAAAAGCAGCUGCUGGCCUCCAUGCAGGCGGAGGAGUUGGUGGAGGCGGCGCUGCGCUCGGCUGGUUGGAAGCAUGUGUUUCUUCGCCGCCGCGUGCCUGUGCAGCGCCUCGGGCACAACCGCGAAAUUGACGUCGUUGCAGUGGGCCCGGUUGUGCUUGUGGUGGAGGUGAAACACUGGCGUGGCUCUGUGUGGAGCAAUGGACCACGGUGGUUUCAGCGCGCCAGCGAUUCUAGGCGAGCAUUGGAGUUUGAAGAUAUUCAGGAGGACAACUUGGUGAAGGCUGCCGCACUCCGCCGCUUCAUCGAGAACGACAGGCGCAUCCCCUUGUCGGACUACCACACGGUCGCGGACAGUCUGCGGAGCGCCAAGGGCGACAAGGUGAGUGCGGCGCAGGGGUAUGGCACGUGGUACACUGACCGCCGUGUACACAAACAAUGUGGUGAGCUCGUUGUACCAGUAGUUGUUUUCACAAACCCUGCGGUGAAGCUGGACCCCAGCACUGUCAAAUUGAAGAAAUGCGUGUUUGAUCUUCCAGCUUUCGAGGCGUAUGCCCGUAAACUUAUGCGUGACAUGCGCAGUCCAUCAACUUUUAGGUCGCCUUGGGGAAGUUUCGUGCGAUUUCUGAAACGUGUGUUUUUUAGAUCCAUGACAACUACCUCGUCUGCUCUUUCACCCGAAGAGGAGGAGCGUGUGGCUUCUGAAAUUGAGAAGAUUCGGACGUGGGAUAUGAUUUAUCUUCACAACGGCCGCCUGCUCCACGGAGAUGUGAGGGAGCUUGAUCUCCCCUCGAUGCAAUGCCGCUUCGAGCGCAAGCACCUGCUAGAUGUGGAGAUCAGGUGGUUUGACGGUAUUCUGGGAUUUGUGCGGAGCUUGUGGGAGGGUGGCGGAGGACUCGUGCGCGUGCGACUCGCCGCUGCCCAGCGGGUGGCGAUGCGGCGCAGCGAAAUUGCGUUUCCCAUCGCGCGGCGGAACAUUCGGCGCAUAGGGUGCAACGAUCGGGUGAUUGUGAAGCUGGCCGGCACACUGACGAUAGAGACUGUGCCCUUGGCUGACAUUCGCACGAUUCGGUUCAGCCACCACAUGGAGGAGUCCCACAAAUAA